AUGGGCCAAGGCUAUUCCCUCACAACCCUGUCCGCGGGUUCGGCUGGGAUCGAUGUUCCCGAGCUCGCGGACCUGGUGUAUGAGAAGUCGAUGGGUGGUGGUCGAUUCAUGAAAAGUAUCCGAGCGAGGCAGCACAAUGGACUGGUCUUUGUAAAGGUAAUCAUGAAGCCUUACCCCAGCAUGAAGCUGGAACCAUAUAUUAAAGCUAUCCUCCGGGAGCGCAAGUUAUUGUCUGAGGUUCCAAAUGCCUUGAGCUAUCAGAGAAUACUGGAAACCAGUACUGGCGGUUACCUCGUCCGCCAGUACAUACACAGCUCUCUCUAUGACCGGAUGAGUACCCGUCCAUUUCCAGAAGACAUCGAAAAGAAGUGGAUCGCUUUUCAGUUGCUCUGCGCACUGAGGGAUUGCCACUCGCUGGACGUCUUCCAUGGCGAUAUCAAGACAGAGAAUGUUUUGGUCACCUCAUGGAACUGGCUCUAUUUGUCCGACUUUUCUUCGUCUUUCAAGCCAACAUUUCUUCCAGAAGAUAACCCGGCUGAUUUCUCUUUCUACUUCGACACGUCAGGACGCCGAACCUGCUAUCUGGCUCCCGAAAGGUUCCUCGUGGCUGGCGAAGAACCAGGAAGUAGGGAAGUCAACUGGGCUAUGGACAUUUUUAGUGCAGGUUGCGUUAUCGCGGAGCUUUUUCUGGAGUCGCCUAUAUUCACUUUGAGCCAAAUCUACAAAUACCGCAAGGGAGAGUAUAGUCCAGAACAUGGCCAACUCUCCAAGAUCGAGGAUCCUGAGAUCCGCGCGUUAAUCCUCCACAUGAUUCAGCUCGAGCCAGAGUCUAGGUACUCGGCUGAAGAGUAUCUCAACUUCUGGAAGAACAAGGCGUUCCCUGAUUAUUUCUACAGCUUCCUACACCAGUACAUGUCCCUCAUGACUGAUCCGUCAUCGGGGAGAGCGCAUGUUGAGGCCGAGUCAGCAAGUAGAGGGGAAGCUGAUGAGAGAAUAGAGCGAGUCUUUCAUGAUUUCGAUAAGAUAUCGUACUUUCUGGGGGCUUCGCCGAAGUCUUCGACAGAUGGUUCUAGUCGCACUACCUCCAGGCUAACUGGCAAUACCUUCCCCGUUCAACUGGACCUACCACAAUACGGACAGCCAACUCCUAAGUCUCCAGCUCAGUCGGAUGACGGUGUGCUGAUCUUUCUGACGCUUGUGGUAUCUAAUCUCCGCAAUACUUCGAAAUCGUCCGCACGGAUCAAAGCUUGUGACAUUCUCCUUGCCUUUGCUGAGAGAUUGUCCGACGAGGCAAAGUUAGAUCGCGUUCUUCCAUAUAUUAUGAUUCUUCUCAAUGACCGCGCAGAUUCCGUCAAGGUUGCUGCGAUACGUGCUCUUGCACAGUUAUUGGAAAUGGUCCACGUGGUCUCGCCGGUCAACGCGUACUUAUUUUCCGAGUACAUCUUUCCCAGACUGCAACCGUUCAUCCCUAGUGGCAGUUCGAACCCGAGUCCAUUGGUUCGGGCUGCAUAUGCUUCAUGCAUUGCAUCUCUGGCACGAUCUUCAUUAAGGUGGACAGAAGAUGCUACCUAUCACAAUUUAUAUGACGUUGCGAGAGUCGACCUUCUCGAAUAUUUCGAGGCUCACACUAAAGCUCUGUUGACGGACAGCGAUGCUUCGGUCCGUCGCGCCUUUCUAGGUUCCGUAUCCGACCUCUGUGUGUUCUUUGGUAAUCUCAAAACCAGCGAGGUUGUUCUGAGCCAUUUAAACACCUAUUUGAAUGACAGGGACUGGAUCCUGAAGUGUGCCUUUUUUGAGGCGGUCAUUGGCGUUGCAAUCUACGUUGGAAGUACAAGCUUGGAGCAGUACAUUCUGCCCUUGAUGGUCCAAUCAAUGACAGACCCAGAAGAGUUUGUUGUUGAAAGGGUCCUUCGGUCACUAGCAGUGAUGGCAAAUAUUGGUCUUUUCCAACGGUCUACUACGUGGGAUCUUCUGCAUAUUACAGUCCGAUUCCUCGUGCAUCCUAACGCUUGGAUCCGCGAGGCAGCAGUUCAUUUUGUAGUCAGCUCAACCAAGUUCCUCUCCGUCGCCGAUAAGUACUGCAUCCUCGCCCCUCUCGUGCAGCCUUUUGUGAUAGCAGAGAUAAUGAACUUCACCGAGGGAGAAAUGCUCGACGCACUCAAAAAGCCAUUAACAAGGGGCGUAUACGAUUUAGCAUUUAUUUGGGUAUCGAAGACAGAAAAGGGUAUCUUCUGGAAAGCAGCAAGUCGUGAUGGAAUAUUCACCUUGAAUGGAACUGACAGUUCGCUCACAAAACUGGGACACAAAGCCUCCACUCAUCCUGGCCUGCAGCCCAAGAAUGAGGAGGAUGAGCAGUGGAUUGCUCGUCUGAGAAAUAUGGGAAUGAACCACGAUGAUGAGUUUAAACUUCUAGCCCUUCGAGAGUACAUAUGGAGAGUGUCGAUGCGUCAACCAAGAGAAUCAGAAAAUGGAAUUUCUGAUUUGAACAAUGUCAUUGCUCUAAUGCAGCACGGUGUGACUCCUCAAACUGUAUUCUUUGACAAGACUCAGAACACCAGACCACGCAGAAGUUCUAUCGGGAAGACUGAAAACGAUAGAUCUGACGAGCGGAAAUUGCAUACCAUUACGGAUGCUCUACUUGAUGCUUCAACGACCAUUGAUAACAGACCUGAUUCCCGCCGGAGGCACAUGCGCUCACGGAGUCAAAGGGACCCGGGAGCUGCCCUGACAAUCCCACGACCGAGUGCCUUGGACAACAUCCGGGCGGAGAAUUCGCCAGUAUCCUCACCAAUAGCAUCAUCACCCGGUGGAGUGCCCGGGUCACGGCCUUUGUCACCUCCUAGCUCAGAUACUGGACGUAGGGGCUCAGAAGGUAGGGAGAGUCCCGGGCAAGACAGUUCAUCGACACCUACCGAUGCGGAAAAUCCUGCGAUUAGAAAGUUGGCCUCCGGUGUCCAUCGGAAAUCCAGUGCUAUGAGCUUACUAAACCGCAAGGAUUCAGCCAAGGCAUACGCAGAAACUGGAACCAGCUCGGCCAAUGCCUUUGGAAAGGUUGAUUUGCCAUCUCAGAGAGCAGAGGUGUCUUCUUCCCCUUCUCCUGUACCGCGUGACAGGAAAUCACCUGAACAGGGGGGCCCUAGGUUCCACGCCAAUCACUCCUAUGCGGGCGACGAUCCCGUCGUCCUCAAACUGCUGGAUUCUGUGUUUGCGGAGAAUUAUCCUACCGACUUCUUUGAUCUAGGGCCCUAUGUCAAGGAGAUAGACGUAAGGCGUCCGAUUGUAAAGGCCAAUGGGCAAGAGCCUGACAAGGUGUGGAAACCGAACGGAGGUCUUGUAGCCGUUUUCGGGGAACACAGCGGCCCUGUGAACCGCGUGGUUGUGGCACCGGACCAUGCCUUCUUCGUUACUGCUGCGGACGAUGGCACCGCUAAGAUCUGGGAUACCACUCGUCUCGAGAAAAAUCUUACACCGAGAUCCCGUCAGACAUACCGACACUCUACCGAAGCAAAAUUGAAGGCGCUGACCUUUGUGGAGAACACUCACACUUUCGUCACCGGCGCAAAUGACGGCAGUAUCCAUGCAGUGAAAGUGGAUUACCAUAAUGCCAACGGAACCGUUCGCUAUGGAAAGCUUCAACUUGUGCGAGAAUACCAACUCCCAACAGCUGAAGACGGAACCGUCGAGUAUCCCAUCUGGAUGGAGCAUUUCCGUCUGGAGGGCCAGUCCACGCUUCUCAUUGCCACAAACACCUGUCGUGUCCUGGCAUUAGACAUGAAGACAAUGCUUCCGGCGUACUCUUUACAGAACCCAGUUCAUCACGGCACGCCAACUACUCUCUGCUGCGACCGAAAGCGCAGCUGGCUCCUCAUCGGCACCUCCCAUGGCAUACUCGACCUGUGGGAUCUUCGCUUCCGCGUACGACUCAAAGCCUGGGGCCUCUCGGGAUCUGGCGCCAUCCACAGGAUCCAGCUCCAUCCAACCAAGGGCCGUGGACGAUGGGUCUGCGUCUCAAGCAGCGGCAGCCACGGCAAUGAGAUCACCGUCUGGGAUAUCGAAAGAGUCCGCUGCAGAGAAGUAUACCGAGUAGACACACCCAGCGUCAACAACCCAAACCAGCCCAACGCAGGCAAUACCGACCCUCACAGAUUUACCCGACUAGGAUACCCGAGCAGCGCACGAGACUACGAACCCUGGCACGUCGAAAGCAGCCGACCCGAGGGAAUGCUUAGCCGAUUUGCAAUGGAGGGACUAGCAUCGGGCCCAACAGAUCACCACCAUCCAUCCGGCCCAUCACCUUCCGCGGGCAUCGGUGCCUUUGCACUUGGCUUCGACACCCCCGACGACGGUCGCGACAACACCACUCGCUGCGGAUUCAUCAUUUCAGGCGGCUGCGACCGCAAGAUCCGGUUCUGGGACCUCACCCGACCGGAGCAUUCCAGUGUUAUCAGCGGGCUAGACGUUGUUACGGAUGGCGCUGUGACCAGUAAACCACGCUACGACGUGUCUCAACCCAUCCCUUCCCUUGUCAUCACAUCGGAGCACAUUCCGACUCCUUCCUCUUCAACUCCCGACCCAGUCCAGAAUGGCAGUAAGAAGAGCUCCGCCGCCGCCGCCAAUGCCAAAAAGAGCGGAAGUGGCCGUCUACCCCGGAGCACGGUGAUUAGUCUGCAGCAACAGCAGUUAUUGAAGAGUCAUCUGGACUUUAUUCAGGAUAUUGCACUACUGAGAAGCCCGUAUGGGAUGAUUGUGAGUGUUGAUCGCGCGGGGAUGGUUUACGUGUUUCAAUGA